AUGGCGUUCAACAAUCAGAGAAGCCCUCUGCUCUUUGCUCGCUUUAAACGUCUCCGCAAUAAAGCUAUCAAAGUGGCAAGGGCGGCUAGACUCAAGUAUAAACUAGACAUAGCCAACGAGGCCUCAAAAGCCCCCAAAACUUCGGCUAUUCAAGCCCGGUCCUCAUCAAGAAAAGUGAUCGGCAAUGCCCUUCACAUUAAUGGACAACUAUUGGCCAGCGACAAGGAUAUUGCUGACUCGUUCCUCGCCUGGUUUCAAGAGGUCUUUCGCCUGAAUACCUUGAGCAACUACCCUACCCUCGAUCGAGUGAGUGACAUGCCAGAUCUGGUAAUAUCUNGUAAUAUCUACACCGGACGUGGAAAGAGUCUUUAA